CCCAAUGCGGUUGUGACUGUACACUCUCGUCUCUCUGAGCAGCUAACAGUCCUUCUAUAGCACAGCAUCAUCAAAACCAAAGGUCGGUGUUUUUCCUUUAACGCAGACAUUCAGCUGUAGGUACAGGUUUUAUCAAAUAUAAUUUUCCUAUUUCUGGUGGUCAGACUGGUCUACCUAUCCUCAUCAAAUGGAUAAUGGGGACUGGGGGCCUAGGUUGGCUCACCCAGUCACCUUAAAUAUUGGAGGUCACCUCUACACCACCUCUAUAUCCACCCUUCAGCGUUACCCAGAUUCCAUGUUGGGUGCCAUGUUUCGUGGUGACUUCCCCACCACACGGGACGCUCAGGGAAACUACUUCAUAGAUCGGGAUGGGACACUUUUCCGCUACAUAUUAAACUUCCUACGCACUUCCGAGCUCACUCUCCCCGUCGACUUUACGGAGAUAGACCUUUUGCGAAAGGAAGCUGACUUUUAUCAGAUUGAACCCUUAAUCCAAUGCCUCAAUGACCCAAAACCACUGUACCCACUGGACACUUUUGAACAGGUGGUGGAGUUGUCCAGCACUCGCAAGCUCUCCAAGUACUCGAACCCUGUCGCAGUUAUAAUUACGCAACUAACCAUAACCACCAAGGUCCACUCACUGCUUGAGGGAAUAUCCAACAACUUCACUAAAUGGAACAAACACAUGAUGGACACCAGAGACUGCCAGGUGUCCUUCACUUUUGGACCAUGCGACCACCAUCAAGAGGUGUCUCUAAGGGUCCACCUCAUGGACUACAUCAAUAAACAGGGAUUUACGAUUCGAAACACGCGAGUGCAUCACAUGAGCGAACGUGCCAAUGAAAACACAGUGGAGCAUCACUGGACUUUCUGCAGACUAGCUUACAAAGUUGAGGAUUGACCAAGUCAUUGUGAGCUGUAAAAACAUUUAAAUGCUGUUGCUGCUGUAUGCUGUAGGAAUUCAAAUGAUUAUUUUAUGAUGGGAAAAUAAAGGGAAUUAAAUCAUGAUGUAAGCAGGAAACUUCCCCAAAAUUGGUUAAAAAAUAGCAGCAUAAUAUCAUUAUAAAUAUGAAUGCAUUUGCAAUGCAUACACACAAAUUGGAAUAAUGUAUUACAGUCAUGUAGAAAAA